GCUGAAGAAGAACAACAAAGCAGCCGCGACGACGACGGCAAACACAACAGAUGUGCGUCUAAAAUACACUGAAAACAUCGGUGACAUCAUCGCUGGUGGGGACAUCUCGUGCCGCUGAAUAAAAUAAUAAAAGCUGGAGUCAAAGAUCAGCUGCCAUCUACAGUCAACACUCCUCAUGACAAGGCAGUCAGGAUAUUAAAGCCGGUCGCUCCCAGAGAUCUGACGAUGGGACGCAUCUUCUUGGACCACAUUGGUGGAACGCGCCUCUUCUCCUGUGCCAACUGCGACACCAUCCUGACCAACCGGUCCGAGCUCAUCUCCACUCGCUUCACCGGCGCCACCGGCCGAGCGUUCCUCUUCAACAAGGUGGUGAACCUCCAGUACAGCGAGGUGCAGGACCGAGUGAUGCUGACUGGCAGACACAUGGUGCGGGACGUCAGCUGCAAGAACUGCAACAGCAAGCUGGGGUGGAUCUACGAGUUCGCCACCGAGGACAGCCAGCGCUACAAGGAGGGGCGUGUCAUCCUGGAGAGGGCGCUGGUCCGAGAGAGCGAGGGCUUCGAGGAGCACGUCCCCUCGGACAACUCGUGAGCCCCCGGCCUUGGAUUACCUCGUGGGAGAGCUCACUGCCAUGUCCCCCCCCCCCCCCCUACCCCCUCUUGCCGCACACCACCACAUGCAGACUGAGCGGUCAGCCACGUUUUGGCUUCACCCCUUUCCUGUUCUCUCGCCUAUGACCUUUGACCUCUGCUGAUUAGGAGUUUGGUUUGCCGGCUCCCUUCUUCUCUGAAUAGGCUUCCCCCAAAGUACUUCCCUUAUUUUGCGUGUCAUGAACUGAGGGAGGUGUCGCUCCACAUAUCGCGUCUCUCUUGUGACCCUCGCGUUGGUCUCUGGUGAGCACUGGGCGCCAUGACGACCGUGAUCAGUGUCCUUUUAUUAGCCAGUUGUGUGAUAAUUGUCCGAACGUCCAAAUGAUACACCGCACAGAAUGAUGUCAUAUUUAAGUUUUCACUGCGGCGUUUGACCGUUAUUCGGACCUGGCUCACGCGAUGUGCAUUUAUCUGGAUUGGCGUUCCAUUCUUAAAGUGUCCAGGAAAGGGGCGUGUCCCGUUUACGGCGUGGAGCCGAUCUCCCGAACGGCACACGGUCGUACCGCCCGUCCCGCGAUCGAAUUCGGUCGUCUCGCUCUUUAUCCGUUGCCGCGGUUUCCGUGUCGCACGCCUGUGACGAGCGCGUACCUUCCGGCCGCGUGUCCUCAGCGCGGCGGAGGAAGGAGCGGCUCUCGAGGCGCGACGGAGACGUCAUUUGGCCGCCCGCCGCUUUCGGGACACGACGACGAGAGGACGGGUCGAGAGACGAUGCGAGACGAGUUCACGGACGGUCUCCGGCAGACGUUAUCUUUCCUGUUCAGACGUUACAGCGUUGGAAUCGACACCCGGAGCGCGUGUUGGAGUGACGCCUCCGACGGUUGCGGUUCCUUCAGGACGGUCCAUCCUCCGUCCGUCUCGGUCCGAGGCUUCGGGACCGUCCGUUCACACGAUGACGUGUUUCUGACAACACAAAGCCAAGCGGACUUCAGUGGACUUCUCGUCUUUAAAGUGGAGUCUUUGUCCCGUGACUAUGCCAGAGACUCCAUUUUAUAUCCUCGUGUUCUGUGGAGAUUUCAACCAAAAUGUCAAAUGGUAACGAAACAACAACAACAGCUCAUUGUCCCUGACAUUUGAGGUUAUUUUGUGGAGUGGGUUGCAUUGUGCCAUUUCAGAGUGUGCAUCCCCGCAGGCGUCACCGGAAUGGUCCGGCCCUGACUCGCUGUCCUUUCUACAAAACAAACACAGAACAAACUGGACAGGAUUCAUAUCCCCAAGUCCAACGGGACAGAACGCUGUCGUCAUCAUUUUGUUGUUCACAUUUUAUUGAUAGGGCAUUGUUUUUAUUUGCGUUACUCCAUAUAAUAAUUAUUAUUAUUUUAUUGACUGAUACAUUUAUCUUAUUGUAUAUUUUCUGUAUUGGAGGGUUGAGAAAAUAAGGUUUCUUCUUGAAGGUUUUGUCUGAUGUGAUUUCUAAAUAAAAAUGUAGUCUUGC